GGUCAAAUUUGAAAAAGCUCCGCUCCGAGAUUCUGAAGCUUUUUCAUGACCGUUUGGUUGUCUUUCUCUGUUGUGUUCCUCAAAUCACUCACUCUCACUCUUCUUUUAGAAGCAGCAAAUUAAAGUCACUUUUAUACAAAAUCAAUUAGUUAAUGAUGAGGUGCUUUCUACCUUGCUUUCGUACUUCUAAACGGAGGAACCACUUGCGUUCCGCCGAUGAAGCCCAAAACCAUGUGGGAGAAGGAGCUGUUGAAGAACUCAUUGAUUCCAUAGCAGAGUCAAAAACAAAAAAUGAAGAGCAAUUGAAUAAGAGUGUUGAAACCAAGGAUGAUCGGAAAGAGGAAGCACCUCAAAUAGAUGAGACAAAUAAAAGAUCGCAUCAAGAAGAGUCUUCGGAGUCACUGUUCUCUCUCUCCAUUUCUUCUAGGAAAAAAGCUUCAGAUGCCGAGCCUGAAGUUAACAGUCCUAUUCGACUCGUAUGCACAAAAGAAGCAUUUGGGUCAUCCCCAAGUGUUGAAGAAAGGAAGCCAUCAGAGAACACCAAGCAACCAAGUUUCAAUGCCAUAAAGAAGGAAGAAGAAACCAAGGAAUUAAUCAAGAAUGAAGGUGAAAAAGAGAAAGCGAAUGACCCCGUCACUCAGUAUAGAUAUCGAGAUUGCCCUGAUGACGGGUACGACGAUAUUAAUUUAAAUGUUAAUGAUUUGGAUGCUACACUUAAAGAUGAUGAUGAUGAUCCUCCCAGUGAGAAGAAAGGGGAAGCAGGCGCUGAUGUUAACCAAACAUGGGUUCAAGAAGAGUCCUCAGAAUCUUUCUUUUCUCUGUCCGCUAAUUCUAGAAUACGAAUUUCAUCAGCUGAAGCGGAGAAUGAAGUUAACAGUCAAAUGUCAGCCCCUGCUACAAACAGCAUCACACAAGGAAAGAUUCCAGAUCUUUCCUUAGUGCUGAAUCCAAUUCAGAAUCUUACCAAAGGGAGGGUAGUCAAAGCAACCCUGAAGAAUGAUAAAGAAAACAUCAACAUGGUAGUGAAAGAUAUCAACAUACCCAUUAGUCCAGAGCCUAGUUUGAAGCUGUCAAACCGCAAGGCAAAGCAGAGGUUCGAUGACAAAAUUGGGGUAGACACCAGCCUCUCGAGCUGGUUGGUUGAAUCAUCGGAAACCACACCAAUUUCCAUCAACAAUACCAGUUCUGUGGGAGAACAAACACCAAAAGGAAGAAGAGGCUCACCAUGGAGUCGCGAGGAUAGGCCAAUUUUAGGAGCAUUAACCGUUGAAGAGAUCAGGAUGUUUUCUUUAUCUGCAUCUUCAAGAAGGUCUAGAAGCCGGAGUCCUGACGAGACACCCAUAAUAGGUACUGUUGGGAGCUAUUGGAGUCACACAGAGCAGACCAUGGAUUUAGAAUUCAACAAAAGUGGAAAGGAUGUGAAACCAAAGAGGAGUUCAACUGCAUUGCAGACCAGACUAGAAAGAGCGUUUGAAGCCAGUGCUGCAGAAGUUUGAGCUAGGGUCCUACAGGCAGUUUUUUUCUUCUGAGUGAUAAAGAAUCGUGAUUUUUGUUGUAGCCCUGGAAGAAUAUUCGUGACAAAUGCAUUUCUUUACUAGUAUAUCAUUCAGUUCUUCAAUUAUUUUAUGCAUAGAUUAUUCUAAGUUGAA